AUGUAUGGAAACCCAUGCCAGGGCUGCAAAUGUUUCGGUUCGCAGGCGACGACGCCCUGCGCGCCAAAACCUACGCAGGCAGCAGCUGCGCCCGAGUUCGAUCAUAGAUUCGUGGACCCGCUUAAGAAGGCUGGUAGUUCUGAUGGGUACGAUUUCGAAAGGCUGGAUGACCUGAGCAACCUGCUCAAGGUUGUAGACUCGUCUGUCCCCUCGAUUAGUGAUGCGACGCCCGUAAAAAUGCUGCUGGUACCUCCACAGGCGAUAGAAGAACUGACCGAGCGGGCUUUUGUUGAAAUCAUGCAUUUUCUCAGAUCAGAGCAUCUAAAGCAACUGCGGGGAAUCCUGGAUGAUGCAGAGGCCAGCAAUAACGAUAGAUUCGUUGCAAUGCAGCUCCUCAAAAACGCCUGCGUCGCAUCUGGAGGGGUACUGCCUGGCUGCCAGGACACUGGGACCGCAAUUGUUAUCGGCAAACGUGGCAACCGUGUUUUCACCGAGGGCGACGAAGCUGCCAUCGCAAAAGGUGUCUACAACGCCUAUGUGCAGCGGAAAUUCAGGUACAGCCAAAUGUCGCCGCUGACCAUGUUUGAGGAAGUUAGCACAAAAUGCAACUUGCCCGCACAAAUCGAAUUAUACGCCAAAGAAGGGAGCUCGUACAAUUUUCUAUUCAUAGCCAAGGGUGGUGGAUCAGCGAACAAGACGUUCUUGUACCAGCAAACAAAGGCGGUGCUGAAUCCGGACGUGCUCCUAAAUUUUUUGAUGGAUCAGAUAAAAACCAUCGGAACCUCGGCAUGCCCACCAUAUCAUCUCGCUGUCGUCAUCGGAGGGCUGUCAGCAGAAAUGACGCUGAAGACAGUGAAGCUCGCCAGCUGCAAGUACUUGGAUGGCCUGCCCACAGAGGGGGGCAACUUCGGCGAGGCCUUCCGCGACGUCAAGCUGGAAAACGACAUUCUAAACAUGACAAGAACCCUUGGAAUAGGUGCACAAUUCGGUGGCAAGUACUUCUGCCAUGACGUCAGGGUCGUACGGCUGCCGCGACAUGGAGCGUCGUGCCCAAUCGGAAUUGGAGUGUCGUGCUCCGCGGAUAGGCAAAUCAUGGCAAAAAUUGAUGCUUCGGGUGUCUACCUGGAAAAACUGGAGCAUGACCCAGCACGGUUCCUGCCUACCAUAGACGAAGCCGACGGUGCGGAGGAGGUCAACGUGGAUCUUGAUGCAGGCAUGGAUAAGGUGCUCGAGCAGAUCAGGAAGUACCCAACGAAGCAGAGGUUGCUGUUGCACGGAACCAUGAUAGUGGCCAGGGACAUUGCACAUGCCAGGCUCAGCCAGAUACUGAAGGAAACGGGAGACUUGCCAGAUUACGCCAAACAGUACCCCAUAUACUAUGCAGGACCGGCUAAAAGGCCUGACGGAUUAGUAAGCGGUUCGUUUGGACCCACAACUGCGGGGAGAAUGGACAGUUACGCUGCGUUAUUCAUGGAGAAGCAAGCGUCACUCAUAACACUGGCCAAAGGGAACCGGUCACGUGCGUUCGCGAACGCCUGCAAAAAGUACGGAGGAGUCUACCUGGGAUCGGUAGGAGGGCCCGCUGCGCUCAUAGCGAAAGAUUGCAUUACGAGCGUUGAGGUAAUCGACUUCCCUGAGCUCGGCAUGGAAGCCGUGCACAAAAUCACUGUCAAAAACUUCCCAGCCUUCGUAGUCGUCGACGCGCAAGGAAACGACUUCUACAAAGAGUGGUGUGGAUGA